UGAAUAAACCUGCACCAGAGCCAAAAACUCGUCUCAAGCUAAUCUGGUCCAUUUCGAUAAUUUCCUGCUGAUAAAACCCUCACAACUUUAGACUAUGAACCAAGUCGCCAGUAAAGAGAAGUUUAGUACGAAGACAAUCGUACUGGAUAAAAUAGAAAAUAAGACCAUGACCAACCGGACUUUCGUACCUCAAGAUGUGGCUCAAGGCCUGUCACAUAAGUCACAGUCUCUGUCUGGAUGUAUAUCUCAGAGGAAUAUUGAUAUCCAGGUACAUUAGUUUUCCAGAUUUGAGCAGAAUUUUGAGUGAAAAAUUCCUAGUUUACCAUAAGAUAAUAACAUAUACUGGAGAUCAUUUUUGGCCUAUCUCCACACUGGGAAAAAUUCGGAGGAGGAUUCAGUUUUGUCAUGCUCUGGGAUUUUAUAGUGUUUCUAAUGAUAUUUAGCUGUCACAAAAAGAUUUCCUAAAUAUCCCUGGUGCUGAUAAACAAUCUGAGGAGAAGUUGUUCAAAAGGAAAAAGUUAACUAGAGGACUUACUCAUUUCAUAAAAAGUCAUACCAAUGAUUUCCAAAUGAGUAAAAAUCAAAUAAAUACGAAAGAAGUAUACGAGAUAGCUAAUGUCUAGAUUCCAAGCGCGAGGGAGAUGAAGAAGCCAUUCAGAAAAUUAGGCUCUAAUACAAACUUACAUUCUACUGCAGGGCUUUCAUCACUAAAUCCUCUCUCCUUUACAAGGAAAUAAGAAAAUGGUUAAACGGAAGCUAAAUAAGAAAGAGAAACAAUUGGAGGCUUAUAAAUAAUAAAUUGACACUGAAUUCGGUAGAUCCAAUCAGAGUUCAGGUCAUCCAGCAAUACCAAAUCUCACAGAGGAAAUAUAUGCAGUAUUUAGAAGUAAAGAACUGCUGGAAGAAAUGGCUUCUCAAACAUGCUUAUCAAGCCUACUUGAAAUGUACCUGAUUUCUCAUAUUCUAGACAAAGAAAAGCAAGAGAAUUGUUCGGAUAAAAUUGGCUCAGACAGACACACAGGGAAGAAGUCCAAGCUGAUCAUUUUGAAAAACAAAAAGCUAACCAAUAAGAGAACACAUAUCAAAAAUGAGCUGAAAUUCGCUCAAGAAGUCAUUAAUCAAUUCCGAAUAAAGACAAAUGAAGCUGAGGAUUCUAGAAGAGAGAGGCUUGCAAAGAAGAAGAUUGGCAAAGGAAAAAUGCUUAGUUUGUUCGCUAAAUAAGGAUAAGGAUAAGAAUAAGACUAACAAGCUGGCAAAUAGACUUAAUAGUGUAAAAGAAGCACCAACAUCUAUUUAUGAGAGGAUAUAUUCUUGAAAGAAUGCGAAGUCGAGUCUUCCUCCUCCCAAUGAUCCUUCGAGUAAUUAUAUCAGUAAAAUAACAUAGAAUGAGGAAUGAAGAGGUAUAGAGAUUUUAUUAGAAAGCAUCAAGAUAGAGACAAAGUUUGUCUCAAUUUUUAACACUUUAGAAUUCUCCUUCUCAAAGAGUAAAACCAAGCAAAACUCGUAUGAUAUUCAUGGCUUCUAGAGUUAAACAAAAUAGAAGUUUGUCGAAGACGGAGAUUUUAAUGGAAAAAUUUAGGAAAAAUUCUAAAUCGAAAAAUUACAGUUUCACUAGAAAAUAUAGUGAUUUUAAAGCUAAUAAAAUUCAAGCUCAAAAUAUCAAGAAUAUGAAGAAGUGCCAUCAUAUCCAAAAAUCAAAUAUCAUUGAAGGAGCUUUUAGUCCAGCAAGAAGAAAACUUCACCAAAAGUCACAAUUUAAGACCUAACUGGGCUUCCUUUCGUGUACUAUACCUCCACAAAAUCGUUAAAAAUAAGACAAUCAAU